GUCUGCAGGCCUCAACUCUCCUGCUAAGACCAACUCCAUGGAAAAGAAACUGCACAUUAAAAGCAAAGAAUUACAAGAAACUCAAGACAAAUGUCACAAGAUGGAGCAAGAGAUCUCCAGGUUCCAGCGUAAAAUGACUGACCUGGAGUCAGUGCUCCACCAGAAGGAUGUGGAGCUGAAGGCAUCCGAGACUCAGAGGAGCAUUCUGGAGCAAGACCUCGCCACCUACAUUACUGAGUGCAGCAGCCUAAAGCGAAGCUUGGAGGAGGCACGUGUGGAGGUCUCCAGAGAAGAUGACAAGGCCAUGCAGCUGCUGCAUGACAUCCGCGAACAGAGCAACAAGCUGCAGGAAAUUAAAGAGCAAGAGUACCAUGCACAGCUGGAGGAGAUGCAGGUCACCAUCAGGCAGUUGGAGGAGGACCUGUCAGCUGCCCGACGCCGCAGCGACCUCUACGAAGCUGAACUUAGAGACUCCAGGCAAACAAGCGAGGAACUUAAAAGGAAAGCUGUGGAAUACCAGCAGAGAAUCCAGAAGGCUAAAGAGCAGGGCAAAGCCGAGGUGGAGGAGCUUCUCUCCAAACUAGAGAAGACCAAUUCUGAGCAGCAGGUCAAAAUCCAGGAGCUCCAGGACAAACUGUCAAAGGCAGUGAAAGCAAGCACAGAGGCCACAGAGCUGCUGCAGAAUGUUCGGCAGGCCAAAGAGCGGCUAGAACGAGACCUGGAGCGCCUGCGAGGCAAAACCGAUUCUAGUGACACUUUAAAACGCCGCCUGAGAGAGACAGAGCAGGAGGGCAGGAAGACCUUGGAGAACCAGGUAAAGAGGCUGGAGAUGGUUGAGCGGCGGGAGAAUAAGCUGAAAGAUGACAUUCAGACCAAAUCCCAGCAGAUCCAGCAGAUGGCUGAAAAGAUCCUGGAACUGGAGGAGAAUCUGCGGGAUGCCCAGUCGACAGCCCAGAGGAUGGAAACUCAGCUGGUUCAAAAGGAGAGGCUUUUUGAAGACAAGAUCAAGGUUCUGGAGGCCCAGAUGAAGGUAGACUUGGCUGACAAGGAAAGUCUUGAGGCCAGAAGGGCCCAGCAGGAGGCGGAGUCGCGGGAGAACUGCAAACUUAUCAGUGAACAGAAAGCGACCAUUAAUGCUAUGGAUUCCAAGAUGAAGAACUUGGAGCAGCGCAUCGCUGAGCUGUCAGAGGCUAACAAGCUUGCCGCUAACAGUAGCAUUUACACCCAGAAGAAUAUGAAAGCCCAGGAGGAGAUGAUCUCAGAGCUUCGCCAGCAAAAGUUCUAUUUGGAGUCUCAGGCAGGCAAGCUGGAGGCCCAAAAUGCCAAACUGGAGGAGCACCUGGAGAAGAUGAGUCAGCAGGAGCAGACCAAGAGGACCCGGCUGCUGGAGCUGGAGAGUAGGCUGCGGGAGAUGGGCCUAGAACAUGAAGAAGAGAAGCUGGAGAUCAAGAGACAAGUGUCAGAGUUGACCCUCUCUCUGCAGGAGCGCGAGUCCCAGAUUAGCAGCCUGCAGGCUGCUCGUCUUGCCCUGGAGAGCCAGCUGCAACAAGCUAAAACUGAGCUGGAGGAGACCACCGCUGAGGCUGAGGAGGAGAUCACUGCCCUUAGGAAUCACAGAGAUGAAAUUCAGCGCAAGUUUGAUGCUUUGAGAGACAGCUGCUCUGUGAUCACUGACCUGGAGGAGCAGCUUACACAGCUCAGUCAGGAGAAUGCGGAGUUGAACCGCCAGAACUUCUACCUGUCCAAACAGCUUGAUGAAGCAUCAGAUGAGAGGGAGGACCAGCUACAGCUCAGCCAGGAAGUGGACAGGCUGAGGAGAGAGGUGGCGGACCGCGAGAUGCAUCUCAACAACCAGAAACAGAACAUUGAGACACUGAAGACCACAUGCAGCAUGCUGGAGGAGCAGGUGGUGGAGCUGGAGUCCCUAAACGAUGAGUUGCUGGAGAAGGAGAGGCAGUGGGAGGCUUGGAGAGGCGCCCUGGAGGAUGAAAAAAGCCAAGCCGAGAGACGCACCAGGGACCUGCAGAGACUGUUGGACAAUGAGAAGCAGAACAGGGUGCGUGCGGACCAGCGCAGCACUGAGUCUCGCCAGGCAGUCGAACUGGCAGUCAAAGAGCACAAGGCUGAGAUACUGGCCUUACAGCAGGCCUUGAAGGAACAGAGACUUAAGGCUGAAAGUCUGUCUGAUACUCUCAAUGAUCUGGAGAAGAAGCACGCCAUGCUGGAGAUGAACGCCCGCAGCUUACAGCAGAAACUGGAGACAGAGAGAGAACUGAAACAGCGGCUGAUGGAAGAGCAAGGGAAGCUGCAGCAGCAAAUGGACCUCCAAAAGAGCCACAUAUUCCGUCUGACCCAAGGCCUGCAGGACGCCUUGGACCAGACCGACAUGCUCAAGACUGAGCGGACCGAUCUUGAGUACCAGCUAGAGAAUAUACAGGCUGUAUACUCCCAUGAGAAGGUGAAGAUGGAGGGGACCAUCUCCCAGCAGACCAAACUUAUUGACUUCCUCCAGGCCAAAAUGGACCAGCCCACCAAGAAAAAGAAGGGUAUAUUCGGGCGGCGGCGUGAGGAUGUAGGCACCACGACUAAUGGAGCUCUGGCUCCACAGGCCCAGCCAGCGGUUCCCAUGCAGUACGGUGACAUGAAACUGGCUUUGGAGAAGGAGCGCUCAAGGUGCGCAGAGCUGGAAGAGGCUCUGCAGAAGAUGAGGAUAGAGCUACGAUCCCUCAGAGAAGAGGCGGCUCAUUUCAAAGCCCAGGAACAUGUGGCUCCUUCCACGCCAGCCCAGGCUCGACACCAAAUCCUCAUGUCAGCCAUUGUCAAAUCCCCAGAACAUCAACCCAACCCCAGCAGCCUGCUCAACCCCUCCACCCGCUGCAAGGAGACCGCCACACCUGAAGAGUUCGGCCGUCGUGUGAAAGAGAGAAUGCACCACAACAUCCCUCAUCGUUUCACUGUGGGCCUCAACAUGAGGGCUGCCAAGUGCGCCGUCUGCCUGGACACUGUGCAUUUUGGACGACAGGCUGCCACUUGUCUAGAGUGCCACACCCUGUGUCACCCUAAAUGCUCACCAUGUCUCCCGGCAACCUGCGGUCUGCCAGCUGAGUAUGCCACUCACUUUUCAGAGGCUCUGUGCCGAGAAAAGGCAAACUCUCCUGCGCUGCAGGUCAAAGAGGCCAGUGGGCAUGUUCGAUUGGAGGGAUGGAUGAAGCAGCCUAGAAACGGCAAGCGUGGUCAGCAGGGCUGGGAAACGAAAUAUGUUGUGCUUGAUGGAACCAAAGUAUCUAUCUAUGAUACCGAACCCAGAGAAGACUGUAUAAAAGCUGAGGAGGAGUUUGAGCUCUGUCUGCCUGAUGGAGAGGUGACCGUUCAUGGAGCUGUUGGAGCUUCUGAGCUCAUCAACACUGCCAAGUCAGACAUCCCGUAUGUGUUGAAGCUGGAGUCACAUCCACACACCACCUGCUGGCCAGGCCAGUCCCUCUACUUCAUGGCUCCCAGCUUCCCUGACAAGCAGCGCUGGGUGGCUGUACUGGAGUCUGUGGUGGCUGGUAGCCGUGGAUCUAAAGACAAAGUAGAUUCUGAUGCUAAACUCCUGGGCAAUUCUCUGCUGAAGCUGGAGGGUGAUGACCGUUUAGACAUCAACUGCACUCUGCCUCUCACUGACCAGAUCGUGUUGGUUGGCUCUGAGGAGGGUCUGUAUGCUCUAAACGUCAUAAAGAACUCUUUGACCCACAUCCCUGGGCUGGCCUCCGUCUUCCAGAUCCAGAUCCUGAAGGAGCUCGAUAAGCUGCUGAUGAUCACUGGAGAGGACAGGGCCUUGUGUCUAGUGGAGAUCAAGAAGGUGAAACAGUCUUUGUCACAGUCCCAUCUCCCAGCUCAGCCUGACCUCAACCCCUUCAUCUUUGAGACAGUCAAGGGAUGCCACCUCUUCUCCUCUGGAAAGAUUGAUAAUGGGACCUGUAUCUGUGCUGCUAUGCCCAAUAAGAUUACAAUUCUGCGACACAAUGAAAACCUGAACAAGUUCUGCAUCCGAAAGGAGAUUGAGACAUCAGAGCCCUGCAGCUGCAUCCACUUCACUGGCUACAGUAUCAUUAUCGGGACCAACAAGUUCUAUGAGAUUGAGAUGAAGCAGUAUGUGCUGGAAGAGUUCCUGGAUAAAAACGACGUGACGCUAGCUUCAGCUGUCUUCGCCGCGUCCUCCCACAGCUUCCCCAUCUCCAUCAUCCAGGUCACCACGGCUCCACAGAAAGACGAAUAUCUGCUCUGUUUCCAUGAGUUUGGUGUGUUUGUGGAUGCAUACGGCCGCAGGAGUAGAAGCGAUGAUAUCAAAUGGAGCCGCCUGCCUCUCUCAUUUGCCUAUAGAGAACCCUACCUGUUUGUGACCUACUUCAACUCUCUGGACGUUAUUGAAAUUCUGGGACACGCUGCUCUGGGGCCCCAUUCAUACGCACACCUGGAUAUCCCAAAUCCACGCUACCUUGGCCCAGCCAUCUCCUCUGGGGCCAUCUACCUGGCCUCUUCCUACCAGAACAAACUACGGGUCAUUUGCUGCAAGGGCAACCUGGUCCAGAGCCAAGAGGGUGUUGGAGACCUGCAGCGAAAUGGCUCAGGACGCAGCCCUAACAAGCGUGGUCCUCCUUCCUACAAUGAGCACAUCUCAAAAAGGCUGGCAGCCAAUCCCCUAGUUCACGGAGAUCCCGGCACACCUCACCGCUACCGAGAGGCUCGCACAGAGUUUCGAAGGGACAAGUCCCCCAGCCGUCCACUCGAGAGAGAGAAGUCUCCUGGCAGAAUGCUGGAGAGUCGGAUAGUGGGGUCUCCAGGCAGGGCCAUGGCUGACCCCCGCUUAGAGCGCUCUCCGGGCAGGGCCAUGGCAGACCCUCGAAUGGACCGCUCUCCUGGCCGGAUGAUGGACGUUCGUCGAGAGAGGUCCCCCGCACGAUUCGAAGAGCGCCAAAGGCUUCACACUGGCUCUGGUCGCACACCCAUAAACCCAGUCAACAAGGUAUGGGACCAAUCAUCUGUUUGAGAGACAGCAGAGCCACAUACCCGGACGAGAAAUUCAUCUUCAGAAAGGGAAAGAAGGCAGCAGAGAUCCAGUGAGAAUGUCACCAACUCAUGAUGAAACACUGCCACACAUAAGUUUUGCCUGACAUCAGAGCUGACAAACACACAAAGGGAAACAACUGUAGCCAUCAGAACAGGGAGAGGACGAGAGAAAUAAAAGAUGUCAUUAGAAUCAGGUUAUUUUUCUCAAUGAACUGUCCCGAGUACAUAAAGGUACACAAAACGCCAUAUUUAACAAAUGUUUCACUUCUUCAAAAGCAAGAUCUGGGAUGCGAGUUCUCAACUUUAGCCCUGACUCGAUGGGUUUUGCUUGUUUCAGUUAACUCCAGACAGUAGUGACUAUGAUAAAUAAGCACAGCCAUAGCAACGUUAUCUUAUCCGUAAGUCAAUGCCUAAAUAUUUACAAAGUCAGUCACUAGUGAAAAUGGUUCACUCAAAAUAGUCUUAAUACAACUGGCUCCUGCCUGCACUCAGCUCUGUCCACAGUAGCUACAGAUCAGGGCGUACAUCUAGUGUACAUUUAAUAGCAUUUCUGGCUCCAGCCCUGCGCAGACGUGUCAACACACAAUCAUUAUCAGCUAAUUACAAUCAUUCUCAUACAGGACUUGGCUGGAGCACAAACAAAUUUGAAAUAAAAUUAAAAGUAAUUAAACCCUCCCUGCCCUGUAGAACCAUACACCGGAUGAUUGUCUGCCCUCGGAUAGGUCGACACUAAAACUGCACUACCCACAAUCCUCAGCAGGACUUUCUAAUCCUUCAGAACGCUAUCUGACUGUAAAUAGACGAGACAUAAUUUUAUAUAUAUAUUGAGAAGGAAUUUCAAGGCUGGAUAAGCCAUGUCUAUUUUUGUUAAAGAAAAAAAAGUGACCACGUGUCCUCUUGAAUGUCCACUGAGUAUUCUUUUAAUAUGUCCAAACAUCCUUUAUCAAGUGAGUGAUUGUAUCUGGAUCCAACUUGUGUAUGCACUUCCAUCUGUCAAAGGCAAAACCUCAGUGCUGAACUAUAUGACAGGAGGGGGGGAAUCAUGUCUGAAGCUUACAACAUAGUACUUGAGCAUUUUUUUUUUUUUACAAUGUCCCUUAUAGUGUAUAUAACCCAAAAUUGUUCAAGGUGAAGAUGAAAAUAACCGUCGUUUUUUUCCUGAUUCGUUAAUGGCAUGGAUAUGUAUAUCUGAAAUGAAACCAGAGUGUUGUCUUCUGCUUCUGCCUCAUUUGGGUUAAAAUUUUAACAAUGAAGCACGUGAAUAAUAUCUCCUUUCUUUUAACUAUUUCCUGAUUGCACAGUAAAUUCAUACGAUUAUAAUUACAAAGUACCUUUUUUUUUUAAGGUGGGGUAUGCAAUUCUAUAGAAAUCCAAUACCACAACAAAUACCAGAAGAUAGAGCGAACGACACAAAUAAUGUAACGUAACGUUAGCUGGGUUGUGGGUAAGCAUCAGAACAACAGCACACGUUGGCAAACUAGAAAGUAAGCUAAAUGUCUGUGGGCAAGUCAUGUAACGUUACCCAAAAAUCAUGUCUCAAACUGCUAGAAUUGUGUUGUGUUGGGGGACGGGCCACUUUGUUUCCCACAGAGCCAGGGCUGAGGAUAAACCCCAGAUUUUCUUUUCAGCACGUUGAGCUAGCAGACUGUGAGGAGAUAUACGCUGAACUACAAAAAGAUGUGUAUUAGAUUAGAAUUGCAUACCCCACCUUUAAGGCACUCUUGGCAAGUUAAACAGCCAGCCCAACCUUGACAAAGCUGAUUUUAUUUCUAUAUAUACUACAUACUUUGAUGUAUGGAAAUAGAAUAUUUCUGUUGUUUGUUUGUUUUUCUUUUAGAAUAUAUAUACAGAUGAGAUGCCACACUUUAACUUGCCCAGUGUGUCUGAUAACCAUGGGCCGCUCAAUAGGAAGAUGUUUAGGAAUGUUAGGAAGUUUCUCCUUUCUUUCUGAAUCCACUAAAGUUCUCUUUAGAUGUAAAAAUCUUCCUGAAUGUAUUUAAGCCAAGAAGAUGGAACUGAUUCAUUGGUCACAAAUGUUCAAGAAAAAGCACCCAACACUACAGAUUGCACAAGUUUUCCAGUUGUCUGUAAAGGACUCUAUACAAAAGGGUUUCCCAUCCUGUUUUAUUUUUAUAUUCUUUUUAUUUCUUUUCACAUCAUAACGCCGUUAACGCUGGAUAUAUUGAUGUCUGCUAACAAAUGUUUUAGUAGCGUUCUCUGUAGAGAUUUUGUCACAGAAUAUUAAAUAUUAUAACUAUUGUCUUUCACUUCUA